GCGUAGAGUCGGCCAUCGCCAGCCAGUAGUAACGCCUUGAACUUUGUGGUUUAAACAAGAACUUUUGUUCGUCUCUCAUCUCUUCUUAAUUUUUUUUGGUUGGCUUCACUAUCUACCAACUCCCUCGCUUUUUUAAAGCUUCUACCCCGCCAAAGUUAAUCAAUAAAAUCAAACAAUCAUGUCUGACAUAGAGAAGAUGGAACUGACCAUGUCCAGCGGAAGGAAGUUCUCCGUCUAUGUCCAGGGUGACAUGACAAAAGCUGAAUCCAGGGCUGUCUUCCUCACUGUCCAUGAUAUGGGAUGCAAUCAUUCCUCAUGGAUCGAGUUCGCCAACCACCCCGUUAUGAGGGAGACCAGAGAUCGGUCGAUCUUCAUCCAUGUCGACAUCCCUGGUCAGGAGGACAACGCCGAGGACCUUCCCAAUGACUACGUGUUCCCAACCAUGCAGAGCAUCGCCGAGGACCUCGUGGGCGUGUUGGAUCAGCUGAAGGUCAAACUGGUGAUUGGUCUAGGCGAAGGCGCUGGUGCCAACAUCCUGGCUCGCUUUGGCAUCGCCUACCCGGAUCGCUGCAUGGGUCUCAUCCUUAUCCACUGCACUGCCACCACUGCUGGGGUCAUGGAACACUUCAAGGACAAGAUCAUCUCCUGGAAACUGAGCAACGUGGGCAUGAACCCAACUGCCGAACAGUACCUGAUUUUCCACAAAUUUGGACAUCAACUGGAUACAGCUGAGAACAAGGAGAGGCUCAUCAAGGAGUACCAAGAUCGCCUCCAGAGCAAGAUCAACCCCAAGAACCUCCGCAAAUACGUCGAGGCGUUCCUGAAGCGAUCAGACCUCUCCAGCAAGCUGGAAUCUAAGUUGGUUGUCGAGACCCUGCUGGUGACUGGCUCUAAGGCCUCACACGUGAACACCGUCCACAAUAUGCACCAGAGCUGCAACAAGCUGAAGGCUUCUCUCCUCAAGAUCGAUGAUGUAGGCGAUGUUCUUCAGGAAUGUCCUGAGAAGUUCGCCCAGUCUCUCCAGCUCUUCUGCAAGGGCUUGGGCGUAUUGACCUCCCUACCCCUCAGCGGCGUCGACCGCCAGCGCACCUUCAGCGGAUCCUCCACUGACGGAGAGGAGGGACGCCCCCGACGCCAGAGGACCAUGAGUAUGGAGGAGUACGACACUCCCAACCUCAGGCGGUUCUCCUUCUCCUCGACCCAGACCGCCGCUAAUUAAGGCGUUCCAGGCAACACAGCUACACCCGCCAUCUGACGCCACCAUUGAUGAAGACGACAACAGAUGAGUGCACUCACCACCACACGCUGAAGCAGUCAUCACGCUAUUGUAAAAGGGGACAGUCGUAGCCCGCAUGUUCUUCGGCCGUCUACUACUACUACUACUACUGUUGUUGAAGUUGUGGCUCCACAGGAAAACACGAACACUUAAAACAUAAAAAAAAAAAACAAAGAAAAUAUAGGUACCCAAACACAGCUGCUCAUCCAAUUGUAAGUCAUUUCAGCUGAAGGCAGAAGCAUGCCAGUUGUUAGUCUCAUAUUAUACAUUGUUAAGGCCGUCUUGCUCUGAGAACGUGGCAAGAUCUACUUCUCUUUGUUUUCUACGUAUUUCAUCUGAUUCUGCAUCUGCAUAGAGCUCUUCUAUUUCACUACGUUCUGUAUCUUUGAUAGUACCUAUGCUCCUUUGCUCUGGGAAGGAAGUAGUUGACGACCUCAUCUCGAAGUUAGCUUCAGUUCUUUGAUUGUGGCUGCGGCCGUGGGUGUUGAAGGUACGAUAAACAGCUAUGCACCGAUGGAUGGAAAGUUGACGAUGCUGGUUGCAGCAGACAGAGGGAGAGUGAGAGAGAGAGAGAGAGAAUUCCAACACCAGCAAUUCUGUGGUCUUGCAUCCACUGCCUGCUAACGUUUCCCAGGGAUCUUGUGUGGCUGGGUAGAGCGUACUGUUGUGUCUACUCUAGCACUGAACUGUUUACAGUUUUAUCUUUAAUCAGAUUUUAAUGAGUAGUUUUCUUAGCAUUUUGCACUGUGCUUGAGAACAGUUAGGAAAUAAAACAGUUUUUAACAAGUUAAGCCUUACAAAGUUGUGUUAGUGAUUACAAAUUAAAAAAUAUUCCUUAUUGAAGCUCAUGUUGGCUCUUAUAGUUAUUGUGUAUAUAAAGGUUAUAUUAUUGUAAUGGCAAUAGUUAUAAAUAUAUAUCAAAUGCAUUUGAUACAAGUGCACACACACUCACACACACAACACACACACACACACACACACACUUCACAGAAAAGUCAGUAGCUUUCUCAACUGCCAUCACUCUCCACACCACCGAAUACGCUAGAUUUGAUUUAGAAAGUUAGAGAAAUCAACAGGAAGGAGCUGUUGGAGGUGGUGACCAUAUCAUCCGAGUUAUUCUCAUCGCUUCAUUGUCACUCGCCGAUGUUAGAGAUCUGUAGCAGUCGCAGUUAUGCAGACAGAACAACUCCAGCGUUGUAGUUCGACCAAUUUAUCGAGAGUCAAAAUUUCUUGGGAGCAAAUUUCUGAUGUAUUCAUGGAUCAGGAAAUCACAGUUUCAUCCAGAUAUCAAACUGUCAGGUUUUUUACCUUGCUGCUAAAAGUCUUCAACAACAACCCUGGUGUUUUUUUUUUGUUAUAGCUGUGAGAGCUAAUUUUGAGCAAGACAAAAUCAACUGCCAGCUCUGUUAUCCAAAUGGUGAUAAUUGCUUAGGUUUAGCCAGCAUGUUAACUGCAAUGCACACAAUGAUAUUGUUUGGUUAACUACCUUCGUAGUCUGUAUCUAUAUACGUAUAUGUAUAUAUGCCUUUGUGCAUAUCACUACAUGUUUAUGUAUAGAUGCAAAUUAUUUGCUAUGGCACAUUGUACAUAUAGAUAACUAACCGAGAUCUUUUCUUACCCAGAAAUAUUAAGAGGAUAGUUGUGAAAACUUAAAAAAAAAAAAUCUGAUAUUGUGUGUUUGCGGUUAUUAGGCGUCUGGCUUUUGUUGUGAACUGAACACAGUAGAAAGCGAGAAAGAAAAAAUAAAGCUGUUCUUCUUCUGUCUUUUUGGAAACGUCAUGAUUUAAAAAAAAAAAAACUGACUUUGAAUCUAAAUGAGUCUAGAAUGAAACUUCAUGAAAGGGAACGAAACAUGUUACAAUAAAAAAAAUGUGUAUAAUGACAUUUGUCUCAUUUCUUUGAGGAAUGGAAUUGGUUUUGCCCUUUGGUUUUUAAUUUCAUCGUUGUGUCUUGCAUUUAUGUCAGGUUUCUAGAUGGACAGAAGUGCAAUAUAGUUUAAUUAAAGAGUAGUUGGUAAU